GAUUAUGGAAGUCUUUAUGAUUUGUGGAAUCAAAAUUAUAUUGUUAUGGGAAGUAAUGAUGAUCCCAAGUAUUAUACUAGAGUUGCAUUGGGUGCAUAUGCAAAUCCGAUGUUGUGCAUUCUUGUUUUGGAAGAGAAAAAAUUACAUACAGCAGAUCCACCACUUUUGAAUAGAUUUGAGAAGCAAAGAUUAAUAAUUAAUGAUAUAUUGACAGAUGAGGAAUUUGAACUUGUUGCUGAAUUGAAUAGAUGGGUGAAAAAGUUUUCUACAGUUUCAGGAAAAAAUAUAGGAUUUCAAUCACACAAUAAAUUUAAACAACAAGACUUAUUUAUUGGUUUUGAUUCCAAUGAAACCAUACAAA